UUGCUGAGUUCCUAUAAAUACAGGCGUACGUGGUUGCGCAGUUUACUGCACCAGCUUAAGCUUAUUAGCUCCUGAGAGUGAAGCCCCUAUAGCUGAUCGAAGCUAUGAAGAAGAUGUGGCGCGCCAACGCGAGAGUGGUGGAAAGGAGAGGUGGUCGCGAGGCCGAGGAGAGAGGGGGAGUAAUUAGCGUGGUGCUUGCCCAUGGCUAUGGCGCGAGCCAGGCGGUGUGGGACAAGCUCGUGCCCUCCCUCUCCAAGAGCCACAACCUCCUCCUCUUCGACUGGGACUUCACCGGCGCAGGCGCCGGGAAGGACGACGACGAGUACACUUACGGCAGGUUCGCCGACGAGCUCAUCGCGGUGAUGGAGGAGCGGGGCGUGGGCGCGUCGGGCGCGGUGGUGGUGGCGCACUCCAUGUCCGCCAUGGCCGCCUGCAUCGCCGCCCAACGGAGACCCGACCUCUUCGCCCACAUCUUCCUCGUCUGCGCCUCCCCGAGGUACAUAAACUUGGAGGAGGAAGGGUAUGUAGGAGGCUUUGAGGAGGCGGCGAUCCACGGCAUGCUGGCAGCCAUGGAGUCGGACUUCGACGGCUGGGUCAGGAGCUUCCUCCCCAACGCCGCCGGCUACGCGUCCGCCGUGGAGCACCUCCUCAAGAGCUUCCUCGCCAUGGACCCGACCGUCGCGCUCAAGCUGGCCAAGAUGAUCUUCCUCGGCGACCAGCGGGAGGUCCUCGACGGCGUGAAGACGCCGUGCACCAUCGUCCAGGUGAAGGCCGACUUCGCGGCGCCGCCCAGCGUGGCGGAGUACAUGCACCUCAGGAUGAAGGGCGCCGCCACGGCCGUCGAGAUCAUCGGCUCCGUCGGGCACUUCCCCCAGCUCGUCGCGCCGCAGCAGCUGCUGGACAUACUCGCCGGCGUCCUGCGCCUCCGGGAGGCGGCGGCGGAGGCGGAGCACGACGACGCCGGCACCGUGGAGAUUGCCGGUGGCAUCGAUGUUGCCAUAUAGGUUGUGCAUCAUGCAUGCAUGCUUGUAAAAAGUCUGCACAUAUAUGCGUCAGAGCUAGCUGCAUGUGUGCUCCCUUGUAUGUAUGUUUGUUUGUUUUGUUUUCAGAGCAUGCAUUAGUUGUACUAUUAUGUUUUCCUGUGUAAACAUAUCAUAGAGGUUAUGUUACUUGUACACCUGCAUGCAUGGUUUGGGUAUGCUGAUGGAUGUAAGUACCAUUUUCAAUGGGACAUAUACCUUAUUAAAAAUGUGUUUAAUUUC